AUGGGUUUUGAAAUCGAGAUCAGGUUAGAUGACGAAGACGAUUCUUUGACUAGAAGACAAGGAGGAAUUUGUCAGAACGACCAUGGAGUUCCUCUUGUGACGUGGAUCAAUGAAGAGGAGACAGUUCUGGGAGUGGGCUCUGUGUUCAGAGUUGAUAAGGAUACGAAAUGCAUAGGACCUUUCCUUUACACGAGUACAGCCCGAAACAAAGUCUUUAUAGAGUGUCUUCUAGAGGAAACUAAUCAGAGACGGAGUAUUGAUAUUUGUAAUCAAGAAGCUAGCAAACUCGGUUUUGAAAUUGUAAGGAGAUAUGUUAUAUGGAACGAAGAUGAUACCGCGUAA